AUGCGAGACACAAUGCCUAGGCAGCGACACCGCAAUCGCAAGUUCGUUUGCACUACGUGUACCAACGCUUUUGUGGAUAGGGCACAUUUGCGAGCGCAUGAAGUAGGUCGCUGCGAAAUUUGCUUCAUAGAGACGACACACUCCAGAAGUAAGCUUUUUGCUUGCACUGUCUGCAACAAACGGUAUGCUCGCAACACAACCCUCAAAGAGCACGAGAAAGUGCAUCAACUGAAAUCAAGGGACUUGGUGUGUCCUCUUCGAGAUUGUGGAAAACACCUUCAAUCCAGAUCGGAAUAUAUCUUCCACGAGCGAGAUCAUGAAAGGCUUAUUUUGGAUGGGUACGAGGCGUUCUCGUUCGAUUUUUCAGUUUUUGAAAAGUUUGUUCAUCCGCUUUUGAUUACUUGCAGCAAUUUUGCUCAGUUUGGCAAAGAAGACACGCGAAUCCCGAUCUUUCGCAUCCUCCAGAAAACUCUCGUCAAUGAACCCGAGCCGGAGUGUCGCAGCGUUCACCGCAAGCGCCUCGAAAACCUCACAACCCAAAACGAGCAACUCAUCCACUCAUUACAAAACCAAAUCAAACAACUCGAAUCCCAACUUGAUUUCGACUCACUUUACACACUCGACAGCGACGAGGAGAUCCAGGUCAUCCCGGAAUCCUAUCUUCGCGACGAGUUCCCUUACUACUGCGGCGUUUCCACGUGUAAAAAGCCCUUUCCCAACUAUUUCGCACUCUAUCGACACGCUUCUCAGCACUCUCCACCCAUGAUCAUGAUCGCCAUGAAUGACCAACUCUACUUCCCUCCCACGUUCUAUCAUUGUCCCAUUCCUUCCUGCGAGUAUGGAGAAGGGAAAAAAGCCGCUCCGUUUGAUUGGCUCCGAAUCCAUUACAGGGAGUUUCAUCGACGAAUGGUGAAUCGAAUUCGCAGAGAACAACUCACGAUCCCGACUCCCUCCGAAAUGAGCAAUAACCGCGGGAACGCGAUGGAUCCGACCUUGCUGAGAAUAAGCAAUAAUAACGGGAAUGUGAUGGUGGGGGAAUCGAACGAGAGCCAAUCGAUUGAGUGCCCAGAAUAG